UCGGGAAAUCUUGAUAUAACAAAUACUGAUUUGAGCCAUCAACGUAUUCCUGCUGCAUUAGUUGAUAGGUUAUGGAUGAAGCAGGAUAUGUCAAAUUGUAGCGAUACUGCCGUAGUUGUUGCUGCUGCUCCUGCUACUGAGAAGGUUGUUGUGACAUUGUAG